GCUGGUGCUUUCCGCCACGGACAGCAAGGAGCUGCAUCAAAUGUGCUCUUAUAGCUUUUUGUAAUACAGCCUCUUUAAUUUAGUUAAUGUCCAGAUAAGUGUAACAGUGGUAACAGAGGCUGUGACUGGCAGCCAUGUCGCUAUAUGAUGACCUCGGUGUGGCAGCCAAUGACACCAAGACCGAAGGCUGGUCCAAGAACUUCAAGCUGCUGCAGUCCCAGCUGAAGGUGAAGAAGGCGGCUCUGACCCAGGCCAAGACUCAGCGUAUGAAGCAGACCACUGUGCUGGCUCCUGUCAUUGAUCUGAAGAGAAGCGGCUCCAGUGAGGAGCGACAGAUCACAGACACUCCUCCACAUGCUGCUGCUGGACUCAAGGACGCCGUGCCCAGUGGUUUCUCAUCUGGAGACGUGCUCAUCCCGCUGGCCGACGAGUACGACCCGAUGUUCCCCAACGACUACGAGAAGGUGGUGAAGAGACACAGAGAAGAGCGACAGCGGCAGAGAGAGCAGGAGCGGCAGAAGGAGAUAGAAGAGAGAGAAAAGUACGGACGCACACAGACUGAUCAAAACCAGCAGCAGGGACCUUUUGAUGCGGUCUUCCAAACCCAAAAAAGUUCCUCGGAGAAAAGGAAAGACAGGCACGACGGCGGAGCUCCGAGCGGUUUCUCUCGGUUCCCGGCAGCAGAGGGCGACUCAGACGAGGAUGACGACUACGAGAAAGAGCGGAGGAAACGAGGUAUGGGCGGAGCAGCCAUCGCCCCUCCUUCAUCACUCGUGGACAGAGACGGCUCCGUUACGUACCCCUUUGAGGAAGAAGGUCGCCCUGCCAGAGGCUCAAAGGCUGCCAUCCCUCCACCUAUGUACGAGGACUUGGAGCGGCCGCGUUCACCGCCCGGGCCAACCAGCUCCUUCCUGGCCAACAUGGGAGGCACCGUGGCCCAUAAAAUCAUGCAGAAGUACGGCUUUAAAGAAGGUCAGGGCCUGGGGAAGCACGAGCAGGGCCUCAGCACAGCGCUGUCUGUGGAGAAGACCAGCAAGAGAGGCGGGAAGAUUAUCAUAGGCGACGCCGCAGAAAAACCAGGGUCCAGUCUAUCAGGUGCUGCUGAGACUUCAGGCAUAGGCUCUGCAGCCGACUCCUCAAAGAAGUCUGACGCAAACCCGCUAACAGAGAUCCUCAAAAACCCAACCAAGGUGGUCCUGCUCAGGAACAUGGUGGGCCCAGGAGAGGUGGACGAAGACCUGGAGGGAGAGACGAAAGAAGAGUGCGAGAAAUACGGCAAAGUGGUGAAAUGUGUCAUUUUUGAGAUCGCGGAAGUGCACGACGACGAAGCGGUCAGGAUAUUUCUGGAGUUCGAGAGGGUGGAGUCAGCAAUCAAAGCUGUGGUGGAUCUGAACGGACGUUAUUUCGGCGGGAGAGUUGUCAAGGCCUGCUUCUAUAAUCUAGACAAGUUUCGAGUGUUGGACCUGGGCGAGCAGGUCUGACGUGCAACGCAGAUAUUUCUCCACUUGUACAUAAACCCUUUUUUUAAUAUUCCCUGAAAAGCAGUGAAAUAUCUGAAUGUAGUGUGUCCACUUUGUCAGUUGUUUUUUUUUUUCCUGUGAUGAAAAAUACCUUUUAUGUCAAGAUAAAAUAAAUGGUAUAAACUA